GUUGCACUUUGCACUGCCAACUUGAACUUCAUCAUUGCUUGCAAGAAAGUUUUAUUGACUCCGAUGAGUCCGAUCGUUGAGCCUGUCCAUGCUUUCCCCGUUCUAAUAUUGCCCGCUCCAAGGCCUUUACUAAUCAGCAGUUUUGGUACCCAGAAAAGCAUGGCGCGACUACUACUAAUAGUAUGUAGAUUUUCUAUUCAUAAGUCUCCCUCCCUUCCCUGCGAUCCAAGUGAAGUAUCCAGUGUGCCCGGGCCAUUGGUUUGCCUCUUCCAGUUCGUCAUUAACCGUUUCGAUCCCAAACUCUAUUGACCUUCUCAAUACAUCAUCACCUUGCCGCUGUUAACUUCCGCAGAGCUACCGCCAUCCAUAAUCACCACGAACGCUACGAGCUUGAUUUCGCAUUUUUAUAUGAAUUCGCGUGCGGUUGUAGACAGCCAAGCUUCGGAUAAGUAUUUGCGAAUUGCGUCCAUUUCCAUUGCAUUGUACGAUUAUGUAAUAACGCUCCCCGCAGAAUGGCGGUUUUACAGAAGUCAAUCCUCAAUUUUUCACCUCAGUAUUGCCUGUAUCUUAUUCAUCCUCAUACGCUAUGUUAGUAUCGUAGUCAUGCUACUCAGCAAUUAUGGAUACUUCGCCACCAACAUCACCCCAGAAAUUUGUCAACAUUACUUCAUUUUGGCGCCUAUCUUCAAAGUUUUACAAACGAUGGUAUCGCAAGUCAUCAUCGGUUUCAGGACAUGGAAUAUUGCAAGGAGAAAUAGGCGGGUAGGAAUUACUCUAGCACUGCUAUUCCUCACUGCAGUUACGCUGGAGUGGUUCACCAAUAUGUUUGACCGGAUCCCUGUCACUGAUGAGCCUGGAAACUGUACCCCAGGAAAUGCUGGCAAAACAUUGUCCGCCUGGCUUUACUACGUCACUGCGAUGGUGUACGAUUUAGUGAUUUUGACCAUUUCCACUGUGCAUCUUCUGCAAUAUGAUGUUCUCAGUAACAGGUUAGAGCGAGUAGUACGGGUGUAAGUUCCUCACUGCUCGAUGACAUGGCGUCGCUCAUUUUACUCAGCCUGAUGUAUGAUGGUAUUGGAUAUUUGGUCGUCCUGACAGGAUCGAACGUAUUGAACAUAGUACUGUAUCGCGAGUCUGAUCUCCAAACUCAGUCGGCAGGGGCAUCAAUAGGUUAUGCUGUA